UCUCUCUAAACUCUUUGUCUCUCUAUAUUCGCUGUAACUGCUCUCUCUCUCUAAACCCUUUCUCUUUGUAUAUUCGCUGUGAAAGCUCUCUCUCUCUAUAGUUAGUCAUCUCUCUUUCUCUCUCUAUCUAAACGCUUUUCUCUCUGUUUUCGGUUUCCCCUAUCUCUCCAUAGAUGCUCUUUCUCUCUCUAAACCCUGCUUUCUCUGUAUUCAGUUUUGUUGCCCUUGCCCUAAAGAUUGAAGUGUUUUUCUCUCUCCGUUCGGUAUUGUUUCCUUUGCCCCAAAACUAAAGGUGUUUCUGCUUUUGAUGAUUGAGUAUUAGGUUAACAGGCUUUUGCUUUUGAAUAUCAGGGCAUUAGGGCGAGUUACGUCCCUGAACUCUGCAAGUGUAGAGACAGAGAAUCCACUCUCUUAUUUAUCCUCUUUAUUUCUGACAGAGAAAAGAAUUUGCUUGAGAAGAGCAAGAAUAAGGGUAAGUUCCUGCAGAAAGAUGCCAACUUUGGUGAGAAACGGUCUCUUCAUUGGUGACAUCAAUGAUGCAGCUGAGGUCCUCUGCCAUGGAAGCUCUGGUAUCACGCAUGUUCUCUCUCUCCUCAGCUCUGCGUCCAUCUCCUUCUUCUCAGACUGGCAAUCAAGUAUUGUGAUACCCACAAAGGAAAUACGCCGGGUUUUCGCAAACCCUAACCCUAAUUCUAAGGAUCGGUCAGUUUCUCAAAACCCUAGUUUCAGUUUGCACGAUCAGGUUCCAAGUUCACAGUUUCCAAAACCUACUCCUGAGCACACACAAUCUCUUGCUUCCGGUUCCCAAACCCGAACUCCAUGUAGUGUUGAUAAGGCCAUGGAUAAGUUGUCUUUAAAGCCUGAUUCGAGUUCGGGUGAGAAGCUUCUCUUUGUUUUGGAGAUGGCAGGGCAAGACCUGAAGCUUGCGAGGAUGGCUGUUCCUUUGAGGGAUAUGGAGAGUGAGAAUCUAUUGGAUUAUUUGGAGGUCUGCCUGGACUUCAUCAAUAAGAGUAGAGCGGAUGGUGGGACAGUCCUGGUGCACUGCUUUGCUGGCGUGUCUAGAAGUGCCGCUGUCAUUACAGCAUACCUUAUGAGAACAGAACAACUAUCACAAGAAGAUGCACUGGAAUCUUUGCGGCAGUGCUGUGAAUCUGUGUGCCCGAAUGAUGGUUUUUUGGAUCAGUUGAAAAUGUUUGAAGAAAUGGGGUUCAAAGUGGAUCCUGCGAGCUCUAUCUACAAGCAUUUCCACUUGAAAAGAUUGGGCGAUGCAUAUAUUAAGGGAGAGAAGAUCGACAGUAUAAAAUUUGGGGCAGAUCCUGGUGCGCUUGUGCUUCAAGAUAAGACUUCUUCCCAGGAGCAAGAAACCACUCAAGAUAAGCCUAAAUUGUCUUAUCGCUGCAAAAAGUGUAGGAGAGUUGUGGCAUUGGAAGACAAUGUUUUGGCUCACAUGCCUGGGGAAGGGGAGACAUGCUUUGGUUGGCAAAAGCGGAAAAGUGGCAACCCGUUCGGUAGGCAUGAUGAACAUGAGUGCUCAUCCAUAUUUGUCGAGCCCUUGAAAUGGAUGACUAUUGUUGAAGAGGGUGCAAUUGAGGGCAAGCUCUUGUGCGUCCACUGCGAAGCACGCUUGGGAUACUUCAACUGGUCUGGUAUCCAGUGCAGCUGUGGGAGCUGGGUCACACCAGCCUUCCAGCUCCACAAGAGCCGGAUCGACAUUAGCACCGCCUAGUCCUUUAGGGAAUUAUCAUCUUAUAAUAUGGUUGAGAGAGAGAGAGAGAGAGAGAGAGAGAGAGAGAGAGAGGUCUGAUGGAACUCUCAACACAAGUUACUCCAUUUCUUAUAAAAAUGGAACUUUCAAUAAUAUAAAUUCCAUGUGAGUUCUCCGCUCGCUCUGCUGUGACUUUGUGGAGCUGUAGCUGGAAUCCUCAUAUCAGUAAAUAUUCUGCCA